CUGGCAACGGCUGCCAAAUAUUUGACAAACUAGCAAUCGUUUGCUAGUCGGCAAGGAGUAUUAAGAAUACAACGAUAAAAUAUACAUUUCAGCCACGCUUGAGCCUCUUGGGUUUAUGCUAAGAAUUUAGGUUUCCGUGUAAACAAGAUGUCAACUCCAGCAAGACGACGUUUAAUGAGAGAUUUUAAACGGCUGCAAGAAGAUCCUCCUGCUGGAGUUAGCGGGGCCCCAUCAGAAAACAAUAUCAUGGUUUGGAACGCGGUCAUUUUUGGACCGGAGGGAACGCCUUUUGAAGAUGGUACCUUCAAACUUACCAUUGAAUUCACAGAGGAGUAUCCAAAUAAACCUCCAACAGUGCGUUUUGUCUCCAAAAUGUUUCAUCCUAAUGUAUAUGCAGAUGGCAGCAUAUGCUUAGAUAUACUUCAGAAUCGUUGGAGUCCAACCUAUGACGUCUCUUCUAUCUUAACUUCAAUACAGUCUUUACUGGAUGAGCCAAACCCAAACAGUCCAGCCAACAGCCAAGCAGCCCAGCUGUACCAGGAAAACAAGCGUGAAUACGAGAAGAGGGUUUCUGCUAUUGUUGAACAGAGUUGGCGUGACUGUUGACCCCUGUUAUCGCUCAAGUAUGAAAUGUCCAGCCCAGAAUCAAGAAACCACCAAUCAUGAAAAAAAAAAAAACCUGAUCAUAUAUCACAAAACACAUCUUUAAAAAAAAAACCUUCUCAGUAUAUUUGUCCCAUAACUGUUGCUAAGUUUGUAUGCUGUUGUGUGUUGGCAUUCACUCCUGCCGGAUGCUAUUGUUGGGCAAAAGCGUAUGUUUGUUGAAAGUUAAUGUACCUUGUUAUACCUGGGUUACUUGCAACAUGCCCCAACUAUUUCUUUUUCAGGAAGGCAUUAGACAGUCUAAGUUGUCACUUUACUAAUUUUGAAUUUCUACAUAAUACAGACAGUUAAUUAGAUGUGCUUGCUGUGUGGUUUGCUGUGUAGAUACCAACAGUUCAUAUCUAGGAAAAAAAAAGUUUUCCCUGUUUCAGUGGCCUCGCUUCUUUUGGUUUUCUUUUUGCCUUUUGGAAGCCUUUUAGAGGGAUAAACGUUUAACCUGGCAUGGUUCUCCAUCCCUCUGACAAGUUAAAACUCAACAGAUGCCUUUGGGAGUCCUUCUCUCAACUGUACCUGUAAAUCCAUGCCUUUAUUUUAAAGUGUUUCUAGAUAUUGGUGAGAAUAUAUUUGUCCUUUUUUUUCAACAGUGAAACAACAGUACCCUCUCUGGGCACUUCUGCUUGUUUCAGUUACAGUUUCAUACUGGUGACAUAAGGCGGUGUGAGGUGUUUCUAUGCUAUUUUACAAUCUUGUAAAUCAGCUUUCAUUAUUGGCUGAUUAUCUUUAAACAGGAUGUGUCUUUCAAAUUAUAAAACUUUGCACUGGUAACCCAUGUAACAAAAUGUACAUUUUCUUGUAAAUAAAAUAAAUAUACAUCA